AUGUCUAGGCUGCGAGAGAAAAGAGGGCGGCGGCAGGUGUGCAAGACGGGUUUGCCCUUAAAUGAGGAACGCCGCUUCCUUUCCUGCCGCGACUUCUGUUCUGCGCCAGUGCGCACGCGCGGAAUCCAGGGCUCCUUGGACUCAGACCGCCGCGCCUCGGGAGCAGGGACUACAAUACCCAGGGUGCUCCGCGCCCUCGCCGCCGCCGAGACCAAGAUGGCCGGGACUUUGCUUCUGCCCUUCGUCAGCCCCUUCACCAAGUACGCCACCAUGAUCAACAAGGUCACACCCUACAACUACCCAGUGCCCGUCCGAGAUGAUGGGAACAUGCCCGACGUGCCCAGCCACCCUCAGGACCCCCAGGGCCAAAACCUGGAGUGGCUGAAGAAACUGUGAACCCCACCCCCACCCACACACUGACAGGGAGGAGGUCCCCUCCCCUAUGGCCAAUAAAAUGUGAAAACCGA